UUAGAAAAUGACACUUUAGUCAUUGGUAAAGAUGAUGUAAGAAAAGUACUAGACGAUGUGGCAAAGGCAAUACAAGACAAGAUGAAGGCUGGAUUAGACGAGCAAUAUGACAGAAUUAAACUAGAUAUGAUAAAAAGAAAACAAGAAGAUCUUCUAUCUCUUCAGUCACAAUUAAAAGAUGAAGCUGAUGCUUCUGUUAAAAGACUGCAUGAAGAACUGGACAAAGCAGGUGUGAAACUUCAUGAACAAGGGGAUAAAGAACGAGCAGACCUGGCUGGAUUAGGAGAGACGUUACAAAAAGCACUGAAAAUAGCAAGUAAAGACGAGAAAGAAAAAGGAUAUAUUGAUUCUAAACAAAAUCUGAAGGAUGAACUCAUUACAAUGGUACAACACCUAUCAGAGUACAGUUCCUCUUUCACCACUCACAGAUGAUGACCAUAC